AAUUUUAAUCGUAUGGUCGUGGGAACAUGCCAGUACAACGAGACCUUUUAAAAUAAGUAAUGUCUUUGUUUUCAAGGGGUUGGCAGAAUGUUAAAUGAUCCAGCGAGUUAGAACAAAAGGACACUGUUUUUAGACAGGAAAUAAAAUGAUGUUUAGGGAUUUAGGCUUGUCUUGGGUCUGGCUUUACAUUUUUAUGUUUUAAUCGCCUAGAAUGAAUACAGAGGGGCCGGGAUCUGUAGGUGGGAUAUGGCUCAAGAAACUAACCAAAGCCAAGGGCCUAUGCUCUGUACCACCGGCUGUGGAUUUUAUGGGAACCCGCGCACGAAUGGCAUGUGCUCGGUUUGUUAUAAGGACUUUCUGCAGAGACAAAACAGCAAUGGAAGAGUUAGUCCCCCUGUGUCCACUGGUGUCAGUAGUAUAGGAGAAUCUUUACCAACACAGUGCUCGGAAGCCAGUACUGUAGAUGCACCACCAGCGUUAGUCCAGGCAGCGGCACCGUCCAAACAAAGCAGUGUUGUCUACAGCCAGUCUCUGUUGUCACAAACAUCCAAAACAAAUUCUGAAGAGGAUGAUGCAACGGGGUGCAAAGUAGAGCCUAAAACAGAAGAAUUGCAAGGCAAUGAGCCAGUAGGAAGAGCUUCACAGGACAGUGCAGAGAGCAGGAAAGGUGACAGUGGAAAGGAAGAGUGCUCCAUGGAUCUGUGUGAUUUAGACACCUCUGAGGCAGAGCUAGGUUCUAGUGGUAGUGCAGCAAAUAAGUUUGCCAAUCUCAUUCAUGUGGCGGACAAUACAAGAAGAGCCAAAAGAAAGUUUGAUACUGAUCGGGUAUUAGAUGGAAUUCGUGCUUCAGCCUCAGACGAGUCUGACCAGGCUUCUUCAGAAGGGCAGGACAAGUCGCCUGAAAAGGCCAAACAGAAAAAGAAUCGCUGCUUUUUGUGCCGGAAGAAAGUGGGACUUACUGGCUUUGAUUGCAGAUGUGGGAAUUUGUUUUGUGGCGUCCAUCGUUACUCCGACCUUCACAAUUGUACUUUCGAUUACAAGGCUGAUGCAGCUGAGAAAAUCAGAAAAGAAAACCCAGUAGUUGUUGGAGAAAAGAUCCAGAAAAUUUGAACAGUGGCUCAAUUGGGAUUUUGUAACAAUCUGCAACUUAGAUUGACUUAAGUUUAUUGUUGUGUGUGUUGGUUUUUUUUUUGGUUUUUUUAGUCAUUUAAUGGGAAUUCUGAGCAAUGUAUCCUACAUAGACCCUUAAAUCAUGCAUGCCACCAGGAAUCGCAUUUUGAAAAUUUUACUUUUAAAAUAUUCUUUGCAUUUUUUUAUUAUAUUUUAUUUAAUUUCCUUUUGGAUGUUGUGGUUGGAUAAAUCUAAGCAAACUUUAGGAGUAAUGCCAUUUUAUGCCAUCUUAAUUUUAGUUAAGUGCAGAGUUUACAUAACACAAUUAGGUAAAAAUGCUGGAGGGCUGUGCUUUUCCAGUAAUUAUAAACAAGCAUGUUGUAACCUUGAAAGUUUAUUUCCUUUGUAUAUAGCUUAUCCUUCUCUGCAGCACGAUUUCUCUUUCGAAUUGUGCCUUUAAGGCACACUUAGGUAUCAAUAAUUGAAUGUAUUCUAAUCAUUUAUGGUUGCUUUUGUUCAUUAACAAAAUGGGGUUUCAACAAAAAAAUAUUGGCAUAUUCGCUUAUUUGCUCCCAUAACUUGUGUCUGAGUAAUUUUAGGAGAGUAUGCUGUAAAGGUUUGUGUGUGUUUCAUUUUGAAUGGGAUGGGGUGGGGAGAGCCUGUAUGCCCUUCAUUGCUGGCUGCGAUAUCAUCCUGGGAAAUAUAGUUCAUAUAACUCAGCGUGCACAAAUGAAGUAUGACCUGAAAUUGUGCUGUAUUUAUGUUAGUUUAUUCACUGUCUUAACUUUGAUUAAAUAAAGUUAAAAACAAAUUGUUUUUAUACUUUUUUUUUUUAUUAAUUUAAUUUCUUUGUGCAAAACUAAAGUCCAUACUUGGGACGGGGGGGGUUGUGGGAAGCUUUUGAUUUUGCACUUUAUUUUAAUGUUUUCUUUUAAUAAUGACAUUCUUAAUUCUACUGGAAUAGUCAACUCUCAUUAAUAUGAAUUAAGGGGCCAGCAAAAAAAAAAUGUAUAUUGUAUGGUGUGCAUUAUUCACCGCUUUCAACACCUCCACUUUUGUCUGCAAAGAUAAUGCAUGUUUUUUGCGCUGUUCACUCAUUUCUGUGCUUAGUGGAAAUGGGUUGGGGUUGGAGAUAAGACUAUUCUACUUUUAUUUUUUUUAUGUAUAUAUGCCUAAAAGCUUUGAUAGCAAUAUAAUUGUAUGCAUGAAAAGGGUGUGUGGGUGUGAUGGCAAAUACUGUAUUUUGUAUUAUCUAAAUUUAUAUACAGUAGAUUUUUAAAGUUAUAUCUGAAAUUUCUUAAGAAAUCAGGUACUACAAUUUGCUGGAGAGAAUUUAAACAAGGAACCUUUCAUAAAUGAUCAAGUUUGGAGCAAACAUGUUUAAAUUAGGGGCCUGUAUGAAAUCAGUUAUGGCUGUGCCAUAUUCAUUCAAAAGUACAGCUAUGGCAGUGCCAUAAACCUUGCUUUGAUUUAGGCCUAGGUUUGACCACUUAUGGUAUGAUGAAUAAUGUGUGAUCUUGAAAGCACAUGGACAGGAUUACACAAUGGUUGGUGUUUUGAUUAACUGGCAUGAGUUAAUGAAGAAAAUGUAAUUACUGUAAAAUGAGAUUGAGUAAUAACCAUGUAUGUAAACAAGGAUUAAAAUGCAAAAUUAUU